AUGGAGAAGUCCGACAUCACUCAUGUCGAGAUCGCCAAUGAUGCUUCCCUUUCUGGGCAUCCAGGUGAUGGACAAGUUAAGCUCAUGCGCGAUGGCGAGGUGGUGUUGAUUCCAACGCCAACAUCUGACCCUAGAGAUCCAUUGACACGAUCGGUUUGGAGCAAAUGGGUCUUCCUGGUCAUCGUUUCCGCAUGGAGUUGCACGGCUGUCGUCCUGGCCUCUGGAAUGGGUUCCAUCUUCACCUCGAUUCUGGCAUCCUAUCCGGGCCAGGAAGCUCGAGCCAAUGAUCUUAUGACCUAUCCAACUCUGUUCAUGGGGAUUGGAAACCUCAUCGCCAUGCCCUUUGCUUUCACCUGCGGACGUCGACCGGUCUUUCUUGUCUCGAUGGUUUUGCUUGUCGUUGCCGGCAUUUGGUGCCAGUGCUCGACGAGUCUUGGAAGCCACAUCGCCGGUCGGAACAUCAUGUCCCUUGCCGCCGGUCAGAGUGAAGCCUUGUCGCCAAUGGUCAUUCAGGAGAUUUUUUUCCUACACGAGCGUGGCCGCAAGGUUGGAUGGUUCAUUUUCAUCCAGAACAUUGCCGCCGGCGUCUUCUUCGUUGUCUCCACCUACAUGGUCAGCAGCUGGGGAUGGCGGUGGUGGUACGGAUUCUUCAACAUCAUGAAUGCCGUCAUCGGUAUUUUUGCUUUCUUGUUCCUCUUCGAAUCCAAGUUCGACCGCACCGAGGAAGCGAUGCGCGGUGAGCCGGUGCUGAACUCCAAGAUCGCGGAACACCAGGCGGUUGUUGAGGAGGUUGAAGAACCCACGCCACGCAGUUGGAAGAACGAUCUCAAGCCAUUCUCAACCAAGCCUACUCUGCGUGAGAUACCCACAUUCUACAAGCAACUGCUUCAGGGAUUCUGUAUUCCUACCAUUCUUUGGCUCCUCCUGCUCAAUGGUGCCCACCUGGGCGUGUACAUAUUCCAGGCCGCUACCUUUGCGGGGAUCUUGACGGCUCCUCCCUUCGGCUUCAGCUUCGAAUCUUUGGGCUACGUUCAAGCGGGUCAGCUUGUUGACUGUCUUGUCUUCCUGCCACUUCUGGCCUACGGAAGUGAUCUGGUUAUCAAGCAUCUGACCGCUCGCAAUGAUGGCCUCUACAAGCCAGAAUACCGUCUUCCGGUCAUCAUCAUCCCCGUGAUUGUCGGUGUCAUUUGCAGCGUCUUUUACGGACAAGCUGCUGCUCACCCUGAGAGGUAUAGUCCAGCGGCAAUUAUCAUCGGCUACAAUGCGAGCUACUUUGCUUUCCUGGGAGCGAACAUCGUUGGUAUUACUUAUGCCGUGGACAGCUUCCCUCUCCGCGCCGCGCCAUUCUUGGUCGUCAUCUGUGCUGGAAGAGGGUUUAUCUCCUUCGGCCUGAGUUAUGCCACACUGCCUGCUAUCAAAACUGUGGGAUAUGACUGGACGAUGGUCAUCGAGGUCAUAAUCUGCGGUGUCCUCGCACUCAUGGCGAUUCCAGUGUACGUGUUUGGACCUCGUCUUCGAGUGUGGGCUGGAGCUUGGAGUGGCGGCAGCGAGGCGACGAAGUAG